AUGGGAAAGAAGACUGAAUUGCAGGUUGAAAUCAUUCAGGAAAACCCCCUGAUUGUUAAAGGUGUGGAUACGCAAGUCAUUGAGUCGCAGCCUGAGGAAACCCUAGCUUCGCGACUUGCAGAAACCCUAGAAGCGCGCGUUGGGGGAUCAACGUCAGGUUUGACAGCGAAGGAGAAGUGUGUUGUUCCUGUUGUAAUUGUGGAUAGUCCCCCUACUGAUUCUGGGCGUCAUCAUGUGGAGGAUACUGUCCAUACUGAUCCUGAGGCUCGAGUUGUUGAUGAUAUGCAAAUGGAGACCAAUGCGCAAGGGGUAGUUGGUCCUCCUUCGCAAUCAGCUCAACUUGUAGUCUUGCAGGAUAUAGAAGCACUGAAUGACCAUUCUAACCAUGUGAUCUGGAUAAAUCAGCUCCAGUUUCGCAAUCAAACAGUUUUGCGAUCCUUCAUGACGUAG